AUGAACCGCCUCUUCGGCAGCGCCCCGAAAGGGCCGAAACCGACCCUAAACAGCGCAAUAGGCAACAUCGACGAGCGCAUCUCCUCCAUCGACGUAAAACUCUCCUCCCUGACCGCCGAACUGCAAACCUACCAGUCCAAGCUGUCCAAGAUGCGCGACGGCCCCGGCAAGAACGCCAUCAAGCAAAAGGCCCUGAAAGUCCUGCAGCGCCGCAAGAUGUACGAGUCGCAGCGCGACCAGCUCCAGUCCCAGGUCUGGAACAUGGAGCAGGCCCAGACCAUGCAGGACAACCUCAAGAACACCAUGGCCACCGUCGACGCCCUCAAGACCACCAACAAGGAGCUCAAGAAGCAGUACGGCAAGGUCGAUAUCGACAAGAUCGAGAGGCUGCAGGACGAGAUGGCCGACCUGAUGGACAUCGGGAACGACAUCCAGGAGAGCCUCGCGCGGUCGUACGACGUGCCGGAGGAUGUGGACGAGGCCGAGCUGGAUGCCGAGCUGGAGGCGCUCGGGAUGGAGGCCGAGUUGGAGCCGGAGCUGGGGGCCGGGUUGCCGAGUUUCAUGCAGGAGGAGUUGCCCGAGUUCGUGGACGAGGAGCCGGCGAAGGAGGGGGCCAAGGUCAAGGAGGCUGCCGGGUAG